ACAAAUGAUGCUGAUGGUUGCUGGCUCUGGUUUUGGGCCGCCACAUAGCCGCAGCCACUGGACCAACAUGGAAGGAUGCCCACCCAGGGCAGAGACCCCAGACACAGAUGGAGGACCCUGGGUGCUGGCCAACGUGGGAUCAUCGGUGGAUCUACGAGGGACAUCGUCGGUGGGCGGCUGCAGGCGCUGGUGCAGGGCCGCCACUAGCCACAGCCGCCGAACCCCGACCAUCGUGGGACCGUCGAGGACAGCCGGCGCCAUCGCUGCCAACCCAGGCAUGGCGUCGGUUGCCGCAGCAGCGCAGCUAUGUCGGCAAAGCAGCGCUGCCACACACCGGCAAAGCAGCGCUGCUACACCGGCACAGCAGCGCAGCGCGACGCGAUGCCAGCCAAUAGGGCAGGCGCAAAAGAAGAAUGGACAACGCAGGCAUGGUAGCGACGCCGACGACGCUGCCCAUUUGUGCCUGAGGGAACAGCGCCGGCAUAUGAUUGGACGCAACAAAUGGUAA